GCGCGGGGCAGGGCCGCGCCGGCGCCAUUGCGGCUGCAGCGGGGCUGGGGCCGGCCCGGCAGCCGGACAUGGCCACCGACUCCUGGGCCCUGGCCGUGGACGAGCAGGAGGCGGCGGCGGAGUCGUUGAGCAGUUUACACCUGAAGGAGGAAAAAACCAAACCAGAUGCCAACGGUGCUGUUGUCAAGGCUGAUGACAACGUGGAGAAGACAGAGGAUGAGGAGAAGGAGGACAGAGCUGCCCAGUCCCUGUUGAACAAGCUGAUCCGGAGCAACCUGGUGGACACAACAAACCAAGUGGAGGUGCUGCAGAGGGAUCCCACCUCACCCCUCUACUCCGUCAAGUCUUUUGAGGAGCUGCGGCUGAAACCACAGCUGCUGCAAGGAGUCUAUGCCAUGGGCUUCAACAGACCAUCUAAGAUCCAGGAGAAUGCCCUGCCCAUGAUGCUUGCUGAACCCCCUCAGAACCUGAUUGCACAGUCUCAGUCUGGGACUGGCAAGACAGCUGCCUUUGUCCUGGCCAUGCUCAGUCGUGUGGAACCUGGGAACAAGUACCCACAGUGUUUGUGCCUUUCCCCAACAUAUGAGCUGGCACUUCAAACAGGAAAAGUGAUUGAACAGAUGGGAAAGUUUUAUCCAGAGCUGAAACUUGCAUAUGCUGUCCGAGGCAAUAAAUUGGAGAGAGGUCAGAAGAUCUCUGAGCAGAUUGUCAUUGGCACCCCUGGCACCGUGCUGGACUGGUGUUCCAAACUGAAAUUCAUAGAUCCCAAGAAAAUCAAAGUGUUUGUCUUGGAUGAGGCUGAUGUGAUGAUAGCAACCCAGGGCCACCAGGACCAGAGCAUCCGCAUUCAGAGGAUGCUCCCUAAGGACUGCCAGAUGCUUCUGUUUUCAGCCACUUUUGAAGAUUCUGUGUGGAAAUUUGCUCAGAAAGUUGUUCCUGACCCAAACAUCAUCAAACUGAAGAGAGAGGAGGAGACACUGGACACUAUUAAGCAGUAUUAUGUUCUGUGCAAUAACAGAGAUGAGAAGUUCCAGGCUCUCUGUAACAUCUAUGGUGCUAUCACCAUUGCCCAGGCCAUGAUCUUCUGCCAUACUCGGAAGACAGCUGGCUGGCUGGCAGCAGAGCUCUCCAAGGAAGGCCAUCAGGUGGCACUGCUCAGUGGGGAGAUGAUGGUGGAGCAGAGAGCUGCUGUGAUCGAGCGGUUCCGAGAGGGCAAAGAAAAGGUGCUGGUGACCACAAACGUCUGUGCCAGAGGGAUUGAUGUAGAGCAGGUCUCUGUGGUCAUCAACUUUGACCUACCUGUGGAUAAAGAUGGAAAUCCAGACAAUGAGACUUACCUGCACCGCAUCGGGCGCACGGGUCGCUUUGGCAAGAGAGGACUGGCCAUUAACAUGGUGGACAGCAAGCACAGCAUGAAUAUCCUCAACAGGAUCCAGGAGCAUUUCAACAAAAAGAUAAACAAAUUGGAUACUGACGACUUGGAUGAAAUUGAGAAGAUAGCUAACUGAAGAACAGCUGCUGGAACUGGUGUGUACCCUGCUGUGGAAGCUCUCCCACUACAAUUGGAUCAGUGUUCAGAUUGGCAAGCUUCUCAGCUACUCCCAAAAAGAACUCUCUUCAGAUACGAGUACACAAAAUUACCUCAUUUUACAAAUUGCAGUUGGACUUCAAAAUUGUGCAACUAUGGGGAGGAAGAGGAAAUGUUUACAGAAGCUUUUAACAUUUUCUUAGUUUAGCCUUAAAAUGGGAAGAUUUUUUUGGAAUUCUGAGAAUUACACUUGCCAAAAAACGGGCAAUAGGUAAUUAUGUCAAACAAAUUGAAAAUGAAGAAGGAGGGGAAAAAAACCAACCCUUUCUUGCCUUUAAUUGGUUUAAAAAUUCAGCAUUCACUCGAUCAGUUAAAAUUCAACAGUCAAGUAUAUAAUGGACAUAAGUAAAGAAAGAAACAAAAGAACAAGGCAGCUGGUUUUUGGCUAAAAACUCCACUUGUACAAAGUAGGAUGUCAUUCACUUUGGCGCUCCCCUGAGCUCUUUAAGACUCAUUUCUGGCUUCCUGAUGGAUUUGCCCUGCUUUUCCUUACCUAAGUUGUCCUGAGGAUGUCUCCAGUAGCUCCUACUUGCAAACACAGGUGCUGUGUUGCUUUUGCUGGGCAGUAGUUCCUUUUCUUUUGUCCUUGAUUUGUUAGAACGGCCACGAUCCGUGAAGCGGUGGCGCCAGCGCUUGACCACGUGCUCUAGAGGUUCAUCUGAAGUGUUGAACCUGGCCAAGGUGGGUGGGGAGGGAGGGGCAGUAUGAAGGGAACUGUACUCAUUCGUUUGUCUGAAUAAAUUCAUCAAAUGCUGACGACUGUUGGAGUAGGGGUUGGUCACCUUUAGGCAGGUGCUGCCAGUUCUGAGAUGCUGCUGUGAAGCUCGGCGUGAAUCGGGUGCAAAACAAGCUGAGCUUCACUCAUCAGUGAUAGGAAUAAAAGACUAAAGAAAUCAUGACAGCUUGUGUUGACCAAAAAAAAUAAUGCCUUUAGAUCACCCAAUUCCCCUCUCACAGUUAUGUUUCAGUACCAGAGUUUGGAGUUAAAAGUGCUCAGCCAAAUGAAGCUCACCACUUCUGUUGUGCUGGUGGUGCAGAACAGGUCACCAGGCCCUCGCCCCAGGGUGAUGGUUGGAAUGAUUCUGGAGAAGGAAUGAUUUGCAACUUCUGUGCUUGGGCUUUUCCUUGGGUUGGGACCACUCUGGUACACACAGCUGAAAGCCUGGGGGUUGUUCCCUCAGCCUGGUUUCCAGGAGAAAGAACUUAGGGUGCACAGCUCUUUUUUUUCUUGGGGGGGGGGGGAAAUGGGCCUGCUACUCGGUGCAGGAAUCACUUCCAACCAAAUGUACAAACUGUAAAUUUAACUAGGGAUUUUUCUUUGCAAUUUUGGCCAUCAUCAUUCUGUUCAAAGACAGGAACAUGGAUCCUUUUACCAAGUAAAAAAAAAAUACCAAACCAACAGCAACAACAAAAGGCUCAUUUAAAGCGUACCUAAAAUUUUAGGAACUCGUGCACCCUUUUAUCAAUUUGUAUAAAGGCUUUAGUGAAGAAAAAAGGAAAAAAAGAAAAAAAAUAACCAACACAAACCUGUUAAACUUUUUGUAUUCUGGGGUGUAUCUAUUUUUAUUCUGUUGGAAACCUAUUUAAAGUGGCAGGUGAGUGAGUGCUUGCGUGUCGAGUGGAAGACUUUGUUUCAAUCACCUUCUUUCCUAGUACAGCUGAAUGACCUGGUGACAGCAGAGUAUUGGGUUGGGUUUGUCAGAAAAGCUGCUGCUGGUCCUGUGUGCUGUUUCUAAUGUACUUUUAAUUGGAAUAAAGAACAUGUACUGAA